GGAAGUGGCGUCGGACAGGGCGCAUUCAGGGACUGAUCUGCGGUCAGUUUUUUGGAACGCCUCCCCGUCGAGCUGCGCUCACUGAGGCUGCGACCAAACAGAUCCCAACUCAGAAAACACUGUCCAGGAAGUCCAACUUUAUCGCAAACGGCUGCGGAGAGAACUAGUGGACAGAAACGGCAGGAAAUAUAAGAGUUUCAGAAGGUCGUUGUUGUUUUCUUUCGUGUUUUUUAAUUCUUGCCACAGCUACCCCACAGAGAUGGACAAGCUUCGUCGUGUGCUCAGUGGACGAGACGACAAUGAGGAGCUGGGUCUCACAGCUCAGGUCCUUGAUGCCAGCACUCUCAGCUACAGCACCAGAGUGAAGUGGUUUGUCAUAUGCUUUGCUGUAGGCAUUCUGUGCUCGAUACUGGGCACAGCGCUGCUGUUCCUUCCAAAUGGCAUCAAGCUUUUCGCUGUCUUCUACACACUAGGGAAUAUCUCAGCUCUUUCCAGCACCUGCUUCCUGAUGGGACCAGUAAAGCAGCUGAAGCGCAUGUUUGAAAAAACGCGAGUCAUAGCCACCAUUGUUAUGCUGCUCUGUCUCGUCUUAACACUUUGUGCUGUGUUUUGGUGGCACAAAAAGGGACUGGCUAUCAUCUUCUGUAUUAUACAGUUUUUGGCAAUGACAUGGUACAGCAUCUCUUACAUUCCAUUUGCCAGGGAUGCAGUGAUGAAGUGCUUCACAACCUGCGUGACAUAGGUUAAAGGAAGUGCCCACAGUUUCCAAUGAAGACUGGUCCAAAUAUGCAAAUUGCAACAAUGGUGACUUUGUAAAAUAUACUCAGCGUAUAUAUUGUUCAUACACUAUAUCUUCAAAUUUUUACUGUGGCUGCUUCAUACUGUGAAUCUUUGCUUUUUUUAAGUCUAGCUAUACGUCUUUAACUCUGAGGGUUAUCACAUAACACUGUCAGCCUUUUGCUUUUGAUUUGAGGCAUGGAUGCAGUUAAUGCUUAAUAUAUUUAAAGAUAUUCCUUUAUUGUCUGAGGCUUUUAUAUCAUGUAAGUGCAGGGAAAAUACUUUGACUAUGGUAUACAGAGUAGACUUCAAAAGUUGUGCCUUAACGUGAUAUAUUGUGUAUGAAGAGAUCUGUUAACUAAACACAAAUUCAUAUCUUAAGCGGUGUAAGAUUUUCUUCUUGAUUUUUUUUAUUUUUUUUAUUUUUAAUUGGCGUUCUGGUUUCUUGCACGCAAGCAAUACUAAAGCAUCAUCUCUGUUUUCUGUCUUUUUGACGCACUGAUGUAUAAAAAGGCUUUCAGAUUCUA